AUGGAUGCAGGAACUGCCGGCGACGGCUACGAGUACAAGCCCGACUACGACUAUGACAAUGAGGGUUACAUGGACGGCGAGUCGCAAGAGGAGGCGAUCGCGCAGGACGACUACUGGAAGAUCAUCGACUCGUUCUUCAACGAGAAGGGUCUAGUCCGCCAGCAGCUCGAGUCGUUCAACGAGUUUGUGGAAAACACAAUGCAGGAGUUGGUCGACGAGAGUGCCAAAUUGACUCUGGACCAACAUACCCAGCACACUGGUGUUCGCGGUGAUGAGACGAGGAGGUACGAGAUCAACUUUGGUCAGAUUUACUUGGCCAAGGUCGCCAUGACUGAGAUGGACGGUCAGACCGUCGGUCUGUUCCCGCAGGAGGCGCGUCUGCGUAACUUGACGUACGCCGCGCCCCUGUACGUCGACAUGAAGAAGCAGACGUACACUGCCGGCAACGUCGACGACCCGAUCGAGGCCGACUGGCGGCCAGCACUGGACCAGAACGGUGUGAUGCAGGAGCAGGAGGAGGACAAGAUCUGGAUUGGUAAAGUGCCCGUCAUGGUGCGCUCCAACUUCUGUCUGCUGCACGGCUUGCCCGAGGACAGCUACUUUCAGCUGGGCGAGUGUCCCUACGACCAGGGCGGUUACUUUGUUAUCAACGGUUCCGAAAAGGUCCUCAUUGCGCAGGAACGCAUGGCUGCCAACCACGUCUACGUCUUCAAGAAGGGUGACCCGUCGGCCAUCACCUUCUUUUCCGAGGUGACGAGUCAGAUGGAAAAGGGUGGCAAGAUGCCGUCCAAGACUGUGGUGCGCAUGUACGCGCGCGCCGCGGAGCGUACCACCACUGGAUCCGUCAUCCGCGCGUCGCUGCCUUACACCAAGGUCGACAUCCCCAUUGUCAUCAUCUUCCGCGCGCUCGGUAUUGUGCCCGACCGUGACGUUCUGUCACACAUCUGUUUCGACCCCAACGACACGUCCAUGCUCGAGCUGCUGCGCCCAUGUAUCGAAGAGGCGUUUGCCGUCCAGGACCGCGACACUGCGCUCGACUUUAUUGGUCGUCGUGGCCAGCAGGAGAAGGGCACGCGUUCGCAGCGCCAGCGCGCCGCGUUUGACAUUCUCCAAAAGGAGAUGCUCCCUCACGUCUCGGUUUCCGAGGGCUUCGAGUCCAAGAAGGCCUACUUCCUGGGUUACAUGGUCCACCGCCUGUGUUCGGCUGCUCUUGGUCGUCGCGAGCUCGACGACCGUGACCACUUUGGCAAGAAGCGUCUCGACUUGGCUGGUCCCUUGCUCGCCAGUCUGUUCCGUAUCCUGUUCAAGAAGCUCACUCGCGACGUCUACCGCCACCUGCAAAAGUGUGUCGAGACCCACAAGGAGUUUACUCUGGUCAACGCGAUCAAGCCCGGUAUCAUCACCAACGGUCUCAAGUACUCGCUCGCCACUGGUAACUGGGGUGACCAGGCCAAGGCCAUGCAGGCUCGUGCCGGUGUGUCACAGGUGCUUAACCGUUACACUUUCGCGUCGACUCUUUCCCACUUGCGACGUACCAACACACCCAUUGGUCGUGACGGUAAGAUUGCCAAGCCUCGUCAGCUGCACAACACCCAUUGGGGAAUGGUGUGCCCCGCCGAGACUCCCGAAGGACAGGCGUGUGGUCUUGUCAAGAACCUCGCGCUCAUGUCAUACAUUUCGGUCGGCUCGUACUCUGCCCCCGUCAUGGAGUUUUUGGAGGAGUGGGGUCUCGAGGACCAGACCGAGUACUCGAACGCGCCCAACGCCACCAAGGUGUUUGUCAACGGUGUGUGGAUGGGUAUCCACCGCGACGCCGUCACGCUCCACCAGAACCUGUUGCACAUGCGUCGUGGUGGCCAGCUCAAGCACGAGGUUUCGAUUGUGCGCGAUAUCCGCGAGCGCGAGCUUCGUCUGUACACGGACGCCGGUCGUGUGUGUCGCCCGCUGUUUAUUGUCGACGAGAGCCAGCAGCUCCUCCUCAAGCGCGAGCACAUUGAUCGCCUCGAGGCCGUCAUGGACGGCCACGAGCAGCUGCCGCAGGGCAUCAACUCGGCAUGGGACGAGCUCAUGUCGCAGAGCCUGAUCGAGUAUGUCGACGCCGAGGAGGAGGAGACCAUUCUCAUUGCCAUGUCGUCCGAGGAGCUCGACAAUGCCCGUCGGUACCAGAGCCGUUCCGAGGUGGCUGCUGCCCAGAUUGCGCACAACUCGGAGGCCUUUGACCCUGCUGCGCGUAUCAAGUCGUCCAACUGGUCGCAGCACUACACCCACAUGGAGAUUCACCCCAGUAUGAUUCUCGGUGUUUGUGCCAGUAUUAUCCCCUUCCCCGACCACAACCAGUCGCCUCGUAACACGUACCAGUCUGCAAUGGGCAAGCAGGCCAUGGGUAUCUACUUGACAAACUACCAGCUGCGUAUGGACACGAUGGCCAACAUCCUGUACUACCCGCAGUCGCCUCUGGCCACCACCCAGUCGAUGAAGUAUCUCAACUUCUCCGAGCUGCCCGCUGGCCAGAACGCGAUCGUCGCCAUUCUCUGUUACUCGGGUUACAACCAGGAAGACUCGGUCAUUAUGAACCAGUCGUCGAUCGACCGUGGCCUGUUCCGUUCGCUCUACUACCGUGCGUACACCGACACGGAGAAGAUGGUCGGCAUGCAAAAGGUCGAGACCUUUGAAAAGCCCGACCGCAACGAGACGCUGCGUAUGAAGCAAGGCCCCAGCGAUCGCUACGCCAAGCUCGACCCAGACGGACUCAUCACGCCGGCGACCAACGUGAACGGUGACGACAUUAUUAUCGGCAAGACGGCGCCGAUCCCUCCCGACAGCGAGGAGCUUGGCCAGCGUUCGGCUACCCACACCAAGCGCGAUGUCUCGACGCCCAUGAAGAGCACCGAGCAAGGUGUUGUCGACCAGGUGAUGAUCACGACCAACGCGGACGGUCUCAAGUUUGUCAAGAUUCGUAUCCGUUCCACGCGUAUCCCGCAGAUUGGAGACAAGUUUGCGUCGCGUCACGGUCAGAAGGGUACCAUUGGUAUCACGUACAGGCAAGAGGACAUGCCGUUCACUGCCGAGGGUAUUGUGCCCGACAUUGUCAUCAACCCGCACGCCAUUCCGUCGCGUAUGACCAUCGGACACUUGGUCGAGUGUCUGCUCUCCAAACUCGCCACCCUCACGGGUCGCGAGGGUGACGCAACACCGUUCACCGAGCUGACCGUCGAGUCGGUGUCCAAGCUCCUCCGUGCGCGCGGUUACCAGUCUCGUGGCUUUGAGAUCAUGUACCACGGCCACACGGGUCGCAAGCUGCGUGCCCAGGUCUACUUUGGUCCCACGUACUACCAGCGUCUCAAGCACAUGGUCGACGACAAGAUCCACGCGCGUGCCCGUGGCCCGCUGCAGAUCCUCACGCGCCAGCCCGUCGAGGGUCGUUCGCGUGACGGUGGUCUGCGUUUCGGUGAAAUGGAGCGCGACUGCAUGAUCUCGCACGGUAUCGCCGGUUUCCUCAAGGAGCGCAUGUACGAGUCGUCGGACGCGUUCCGCCUGCACGUGUGCGACCAGUGUGGUCUCAUGGCUAUUGCAAACCUCAAAAAGCAAGAGUUCCACUGCACGGUCUGCCGCAACAGCACGCAGGUCAGCCAGAUCUACAUUCCCUAUGCUGCAAAGCUCCUGUUCCAGGAACUGCAGGCCAUGAACGUGACUGUGCGCAUGUACUCGAACGAGGCCGACGACUAG